AUGGAGCACCUGCCCUCGCACCAUCUCCACCCCAGCCACGCCGAGCCCAUUAGUUUCGGCAUCGACCAGAUCCUCAACAGCCCGGACCAGGGAAGCUGCAUGGUGUCGGCCUCGCGGCUGCAGGACGCGGACUACGGGCUGGGCUGCAUCGUCAGCGGCGCCUACAACACCAUGACCGGCAGCUACGGCGGCGGGGGCGGCGGGGGCGGCGGGGGCGGCGGAGGAGCCGGCCCGGGGGCCGGGGCCGCGGCCGGAGCCGGGGCCGGGGCCGGAGCCGGAGCCGGAGCGGGCGGCGGCGGGGGCGGGGGCGGCGCCGGGGGCUACGGAGGCAGCGCCUGCAGCAUGGCCUCUCUGGCGGGCUCCUACAACAUGAACAUGGGCAUGGGCGUGGGCAUGGGCGGCGGCGUUGGCGGCGGCGUUGGCGGCGGGCUCAGCUCGGCCGGGGUGAUCCGGGUGCCCGCCCACAGGCCGCUGGCCGGAGCCGUCCCCCACCACCAGCCCCUGGCCACCGGCAUGCCCACCGUGCCCGCCGUGCCCGCCGUGCCCAGCGUCAACAACCUCAACAACCUCACGGGACUGACUUUCCCUUGGAUGGAGAGUAACAGGAGAUACACAAAGGACAGAUUCACAGGUCACCCCUACCAGAACCGGACGCCCCCUAAGAAAAAGAAGCCGCGCACGUCCUUCACUCGCCUGCAGAUCUGCGAACUGGAGAAGCGCUUCCACCGGCAGAAGUACCUAGCCUCGGCCGAACGCGCGGCCUUGGCCAAGGCGCUCAAAAUGACCGACGCUCAGGUCAAAACCUGGUUCCAGAAUCGGAGGACGAAAUGGAGGCGGCAGACGGCGGAGGAGCGGGAGGCGGAGCGGCAACAGGCGAACCGCAUCCUUAUGCAGCUGCAGCAAGAGGCCUUCCAGAAAAGCCUGGCCCAGCCGCUGCAGGCAGAUCCCCUCUGCGUGCACAACUCCUCGCUCUUCGCCCUACAGAACCUGCAGCCCUGGUCAGAUGACACAGCCAAGAUCACCAGCGUCACCUCUGUGGCCUCCGCCUGCGAGUGA